UUGGGUUCCAGCUUGUCCCUGCCCAUCCAGCGGGGCCGUACGGACCAGGUGCAGGCAAGCGGACAAGCACCUUGUGAGGCACAAUGUAGUCUUUAAAGUCUUUAAAGAGGGUAGAGAACGUUCUGCUUUCAGGUAAACUCUUCAAAUCUGCUCUAUUUUCCUAUUUUACUAUCUUCCUAUCUUUUUCCUAUCCCUGUCCAUCCGUUAGCCCUAUAUCCGCCACAAUGACGAACCAACAAAGCAUCAAAUGGCCCACCCCCUCGCUGCCCGAUAGCGUCUUCAAGAUGUUCGACAUGCACGGCAAAGUCGCCAUCAUCACCGGCGGGUCUGGCGGAAUCGGCUACGAAGUCGCGCGCUCCCUCGCUGAAGCCGGCGCCGACAUAGCCCUAUGGUACAACUCCUCGCCCGCCGACGACCGCGCAGCAACACUCGUCAAGGACUUCGGCGUGCGCGCAAAAGCAUACAAGGUCUCUGUACAGAACUUCGACGAGGUCCAAGCCGCGACCAACGCCGUAGUCUCCGACUUCGGCGGUCUAAACGUCAUGAUCGCCAAUGCCGGAAUCCCAUCUAAAGCCGGCGGGCUGGACGACAAGCUCGAAGACUGGCAGCGCGUCGUGGACGUGGACUUCUCCGGCGCGUACUACUGCGCGCGCGUGGCGGGCGAGAUCUUCCGCAAGCAGGGGCACGGAAACCUCAUCUUCACAGCCUCGAUGAGUGGGCAUGCGGCGAAUGUGCCGCAGCAGCAGGCCUGCUACAACGCCUGCAAAGCCGGUGUAAUUCACCUCGCCAAAUCACUGGCCGUUGAAUGGGCGGGCUUUGCGCGCGUGAACAGCGUGAGCCCGGGGUACAUUGACACGCCGAUUAGCGGUGAUUGUGCGUUUGAGAUGAAGGAGGCGUGGUAUGGCCUGACGCCGCUGCGAAGAGAUGCAGACCCACGAGAGCUGAAGGGCGUGUAUCUUUACCUGGCCAGUGAUGCCAGUACGUAUACGACGGGGGCGGACAUUGUUGUUGAUGGGGGAUAUACUUGUCGGUGAGGCUGGUACAUAGACUAGAUUAUAGAAGUACGGUUUACGUUGUCUUGGUUUCUGUGGUAAACAAGUGGAUAGAAUGCCAGUGGCCAUUGAUGC